AUGGGAUCAUCCACGGUCAAUCUUUUAGCAGUUAAUAAGCUUGUCAUGAGAGCAGGGCCUACCCUUUCGCAUCAGCAAAGGAUAGAAAUGUGUGCCACUGUGACAGAGCUUGAAAUCAUCAAUAGUUUGAAGGCAAUUGGAGAAGACAAGGCCCCUGGUAUUGACAGCUACAAUGUGAUAUAUCGGAACAUUAAUUGUACUGCAGUUACUCGUGUACCUAAAGUUUCCAGCCCAAUGAACAUCAAAGAGUACAUACCAAUAGCCUGCUGCACUGUAUUGUAUAAAAUUAUUGGGAAAAUAUUGGCUACUAGAUUACAAAAAGUUAUCUCUACCAUAAUCAAUCCCACUCAGGCAGGUUUUGUUCUUGGUCGAAGAAUUGGAGAUAAUAUCAUCAUGGCCCAUGAGAUUGUAAAAUCUUAUACUAGGAAACAUGUAUCACCUAGGUGCAUGAUCAAAAUUGAUUUACAAAAGGCGUAUGAUAGUGUGGAAUGGAUAUAUCUGGAGCAGUUACUCCAUACUUGUAAAUGGGUAACCAACAGAACCAUUUCCAGCCGCAAAGGGUUUAAGACAGGGGGACCCAAUGUCACCAUUCCUUUUCGCGAUCGCUAUGGAGUACCUCAGUAG